AUGAUUCAUAGUUUGUUUAUCAUCAAUAACUCUGGAGAUGUUUUUAUGGAAAAACAUUGGAAGAGUGUCAUUCAUAAAUCAAUAUGUGAUUACUUUUUUGAAGUGCAGGGAAGGAGUGGUUCACUAGAUGACAUCCCUCCAGUUAUUGCAACACCGCAUCAUUACCUCAUUAACAUUUACAGAAAUCAACUUUAUUUUGUUGCUGUCGUCACAACUGAAGUCUCACCUCUUUUUGUGGUUGAGUUCUUGCACCGCGUCUUUGACACAUUUGAAGACUAUUUUGCCGAGUGCACGGAGUCAACCAUUAAAGAGCAUUAUGUGAUCGUCUAUGAACUUCUUGAUGAAAUGCUGGACAAUGGUUUCCCAUUGGCAGUAGAAUCCAAUGUUCUCAAGGAGUUGAUUAAACCUCCUAAUUUACUGAGAACCAUUACAGACACUGUCACUGGUAAAUCUACCGGUGUCAGUGGAAUACUGCCAACAGGCCAGUUGUCUAACAUUCCCUGGAGAAGGACGGGCGUAAAGUACACAAACAAUGAGGCUUACUUUGAUGUCAUUGAGGAAAUUGAUGCAAUUCUUGAUAAAUCUGGGGCUACAGUAUUUGCUGAAGUCCAAGGCUAUAUUGAUUGUUUGAUUAAACUGAGUGGAAUGCCUGACUUGACACUGUCAUUUAUGAACCCCCGACUGCUGGAUGAUGUCAGUUUUCAUCCAUGUGUGCGCUUCAAGAGAUGGGAAAGUGAACGGGUGUUGUCCUUUGUGCCUCCCGAUGGGAAUUUCCGCUUGAUAUCCUAUCACAUAGGAGCCCAAAAUAUGGUAGCCAUUCCAGUGUAUGUACGCCACACUAUAUCUUUUCGAGAAGGUGCAGCUGGGCGGUUUGAUGUUACCAUUGGGCCUAAACAGACAAUGGGAAAAACAAUUGAAAAUGUUGUAUUAGAAGUCCCAUUUCCCAAAUCCAUCCUGAAUGUUACUCUUACUCCAAACCAAGGAAAAUACUCCUUUGAUCCAGUAACAAAAGUCAUGACUUGGGAUGUCGGCAGAAUUGAUCCCACAAAGCUCCCCAACAUUAAAGGGACUAUUAAUUUACAAACAGGUUCACCAGUUCCAGAGUCUAACCCUACAAUGUCAGUGCAGUUCUCCAUCAGCCAGUGGGCCAUAUCUGGUGUCAAAGUCAACCGACUAGAUAUGUAUGGAGAGAAAUAUAAACCCUUCAAAGGUGUUAAAUAUGUCACAAAAGCUGGAAAGUUUCAGGUGCGGACAUGA